CACUAACGAAAUAGCACGGGACAGAGCUUCAUCGGGGUUUCCAAGAGACUACAAAAGAUCUUUAGUUGAAAAAUGGCUCGUACCAAGCAGACCGCUCGUAAAUCCACCGGAGGAAAGGCGCCGAGGAAGCAGCUGGCCACCAAGGCGGCCAGGAAGAGUGCGCCCUCCACAGGCGGAGUGAAGAAGCCCCACAGAUACAGGCCUGGUACUGUUGCUUUGCGUGAGAUCCGUCGGUACCAGAAGUCCACUGAGCUGCUGAUCAGGAAGCUGCCCUUCCAGCGUCUUGUCAGGGAAAUCGCCCAGGACUUCAAGACAGAUCUGCGUUUCCAGAGUGCAGCCAUUGGUGCUCUCCAGGAAGCCAGUGAAGCCUACUUGGUUGGACUGUUUGAGGACACCAACCUGUGCGCUAUCCAUGCUAAGAGGGUCACCAUCAUGCCCAAGGACAUCCAGCUGGCCAGGCGAAUCAGGGGAGAGCGUGCAUAAAUGCUAAUUAGGGGUUUUAUCUUUUUAGUGGGGGGAUGUGGGAAUGACUGGGGGUUUUUGUUUUGUAGAUCUCGAAUUACCAGCAUGUGUUCCACUUGAUUUAUUUGUAGAAUCUGGAAUUUUCUUUUUGUACUUUACCAUUUCACAUGAUUUGUCCUAUCCUGUUCAUUGUAGAGCUUCAUAUUUCUGUAAAUGCUCAAAUCGGACUAUUCCACUUCCCUUUCUCAGGUUUCCACAUUGUGUUUGAGGGGCUUGUCUGAAAUUGGGUCAGUUAUUACUGACAGGGUUCAGGUUUGGGAGAGUCUUCUAAAGAUUCCUCCCAGACACCGGGCUGUGGCUGCAAUGCCCCUCAUUUAUACUCCUCUGCCUCAUGUGGAUCUGUACCAUUCAAUCCUGUGUGUGCAUGUCAUAGGAUUUCCUGUGCUGUAAAUAAACUUUCCGCUACCUCAAA